AUGGCGGCUUCUCUGGCCGGCCCCCAGCCAGAGCCGCCGCCGGUACCAAAACGAGGCCUCGACACUCCUUUCUCAGGCAAUUCCAAUGCCAGCCAGUCCCGGGAGGGGGCCCCUAGCACAGCCACAGCGGCCCCCCUGCUAAGAGCGCAUCCUUUCAUCAGGGCCCUCCCAGCUAGUGUCAAUUUCCAGGCAUCGGAAACAGGGGCGGAGCAGCACGCGUUCUUGACACUGAAGAAUGUGGAUGCAGUGCGCACGCACUCUGUCCGGAUUUUGCCCCCCACGCCAGAGUGCUUUGGGGUGGUGUCAGCGAGCCGGGUCGUGAAGCUGGCCCCGGGGAUAGAGACGAAAGUGAAGGUUACGGUCCGCCAAGACGGCCCCCUCAAAAAGGACGUCCACGGCGCACUUACCAUCGAGACAGAGCAAGGCCCCCCCCUCUGCAUUCCGCUGCACACUCUUCUCCCCCAGUCUUUCCUUCACAUCGAACCCUCGGUUCUACUUCUCGGCGCGGUUGCUCAAGGAAGCGUAAUCGAGAAGACUCUGACGAUCUCGAACAAAGGCGGAAAAGGGGCAGAAUGGUCGGUACGCUUCGAUCACAGUUGCCCUGUUAUAGUGGAACCUCAAAGCGGGUUUCUGGGUCCGAACUCUGGAGAAGAAGUCAAAGUCACAUACGAGGCCAAAGAUGCGGGGGACUUUAAGGCGGGGGUGGAGUUUAAAUGGGGGGAGCCGGGGCAAGUUCAGUCCCAGGGGGUCGAAAUCACUGCCUCGAGCACCCCCCAGAAAGUGGACUUUUGCGCGGAGGACGGGACGCCCCUGGGGAGAAUCGACUUCGGUUCGCUGUUCUUCGGGAGCUCCAAAACGGUGCGGGCGCGUUUGCGAAACCUCGGACCCGUGCCCAUAAGCUAUGAGACGGGGCUGUAUACGAACCCGGACAGCAGCCGGGGGUCUGGGGACCACGGCCCGAUUGACACCAUCUCGGCUGAAAGGCUGGAGGGACUCCAGGCGGCGAAGUCGAAGUGUGUGACGGUGUCACCGGCAAGCGGAACGGUGCCACCGUUUUCUGAAUUACCUGUGGUAAUCACGUUGGCGGUUGCGAGAGAAGGGCCGAUGAAGGGGUUUUCGACGACGAAACCUGCGGCGGGUGCGGGAAAGCAAGUCUUUUCUUUCCUGACGAUCUUCGAUGUGAAGGAGGUGAAGCGCAGACUGAAGCUCCCGAUUUGGGGACAGGGCGUCGAGCCCUCGGUUGUAUUCACACCGACCGCCCUCUCGUUCGGGGAGCCCGGUUUGAAGACCCGCGUCAAGAAGACGCUGACGCUCGAGAACGGAGAGACUGAGCUCCCGGUGCGGUUCGAGUUCGGACGCUUAGCAGAGUUCCACGUGGCACCCGAUCACGGGAUCAUCCCCCCACGUGCGUCUAAAUUGGUGGCCGUCACUUUUGAUCCAAAAGUCAUCGGGCCUCGCCGGGCGGUGCUGACGUGCGACAUAAGCGGGGCGGAUAAGGGGCCGGUCGUGCAGAAACUAGAGGUGCGAGUGGACGGAAAAGCUCCUGCAACGGUUGCGGUAAAGGCGGCAACGGUUGGGCGGGGAACAAAUCGGUCGCCCGAGAAGAGACGCACCGGGUUUGCGCUUACUUCUGUCUCCCCGAACAGCGGCUUAACCAGCGGAUUAGUGAGCGGGUUAGUGGAGGCGGAGGACGACGCCAUCGGCGGGCUGCAUAAGCUAUCGAGGAACGAGUCAACGAAGCGGGACGAGCAUCGCGAUCAGUACAAGACCUUCUUGCGGAGCGCCCGGAUGGAACGAGAGGAGCGAGAAAACCGGGGGACCGCUAAACCUCCGCCCCCGGACGACGCGCUAAACCUCGGGUUAGCGCUGUUCUCCGGCUUAAGGGAACCCGAACCGGAGUUGCCGCUCGCGAAGGAUCCGCUGUGGCUGAUCAAAGACGUAAACGAGAUCGGGAAGGAGGGUUCGUACGUCCGCCCGAAGAACCGUCCGUUGCAAACGAACACCGAGUCCGAAAUCCACUCCGUGGCAAAGUUUAAGGCGAGGCCCUGUGAAGCGGGGGAGGCGCACGAGUGUCACUCACAAUUACGCCCGAGCGACAUCGUGAAGAUCGUAGCAGGGCCUCAUUCUCUCGACUUUGGGCGGGUCAGCGCUCUGGCGCCCCACACGAAGAUUUUCACAGUCACGAACAAGCUGCACAAGAGCAUUCUGGUCGGGGUUGAGACCCGGUCCGUACCGGAGCUGGAGAAAAGCGAACCGGAGAGCCAGGUGAUCCCCCCCGGGGCAACGGCGGGCUUCAGGAUCGUGCUGUGUACGAACAAGCUGCAGACGGUGCGCCAGAAGGUGGAGUACGUCAUUAACGGUCAGCACAGGUUUCAGUUGGAGGUCCUCGCCGAAGUAGAACCGGUCGCUCUCUCCAUCUCCCGGGAGGAGAUUGACUUCCGCUACACACCCGACGACUGGGAACCCUGCAUAACCGAGCAGUUAAUCGUCCAUAACCCGAACAACCACACUGCGGACUACCAGUGGGAGUGCUCUAACCCGGCGUUUGAGGUCACGCCAACCCGGGGCGCGAUCGAGAAGUUGGGUUCCGUUCCGGUCACCGUCACGUGGCGGCCCGGAACCGGAAACAACGACGGGUUCCUGACGCUGAGCGUAGUAGGGGGCGCGGGCGCGAGCAAGCGGGUGCGCUGUAGCGGGGAGAGCCUGGAAGGCAAGUGCGCCUUCAAGGAUAAGAAGCUCGACCUGGGCAUGGUUCCGGUGGGCGCCCCUGUCCACAAGACCGUUCCGCUGCGGAACGUCGGCAAGACGGACGUCGUCUUCCGGGCGUCGGCGGGCGACCAGUCAGCGGUGCUUUCCUGCAGCCCGGUCGCCGGACGGAUCAGCCCGGGGGGAACGCAAGACUUGGAGCUGACGUUCGAAGCGGAGGAGGCGAAAGAGUACGACGCGUGGCUCCAGGUCUCUGCCCGGGGCGGCAAACCGACCGGUCUCCAGGUGUGCGCGCACGCCGUCGUCCCGACCGUCACCAUCGAACAGCAGGAGUUCGCUUUCGGGGCUAUUUACAUCGGCGCGUCAGCACAGCAGACGCUGACGUUGACCAACAGCAGCGGAAUUCCAGCGGCUUUGCUGCUGGACCUCAGCGGACACCCGGAGUUCCGGCUCGAGCUGCCCGCGCGCGUGCGCGCAACCGCGACCGCGACCGCGCCGAAUGAGGAGGAAUUUGCCGACGGACCGCUGCAGCUGAUCUCCCCCGGGGGGCCGAGAAGUAUUGACGUCGAAGCGGAUUCUGGCGGUUCCGCCCAGGGCGAGAUCGACGACGAAGGGCCGCAGUACAAGAUUCUGCUCGCGGCCAAAAAGACGCUGACAUUUGUGCUGUCGUUUCAGCCGACGCGCGACCGCGUGGAGUCAUUCGACCUUCCACUGUCCGUCCUCGGCGUUCCGGCGGGCGAGCAGCCGGCGCGCGCGGUGCGCGCACGCGGGCUGAAGCCGCGGGCGCGCCUCGCGCCCCCCGUCCUCGCCUUUGGCGCCAAGAUCGUCAAGAAAGAAACGGUGAAGCAGAUCCCAUACGCUAUGGAGACGACGAUCACGAACACGGACGAGAAGCCGCUGACGUGGCAGCUGGGGACUGCUGACGUGGACGCCUCCAAGGGCGUGUUCACCGUCGAACCGAAGCAGGGCGUUUUGGCGGAGGGCACUUCGACAACGAUACGGGUCACAUUCCUGCCACGGGAGGCGGAGCAGUACAAGUGUUCCGUUCCGGUGCACCUGGACGGCACAACGGAAAAGGAGCCGUACUCCUUCCUGACCCUAAAAGGCACGGGGCUGGCGCCGGGGUUAGCUUUUGAGGUUAGGGAGAUUACCCUUCCGGUUGUUCCGCUUGACAUCCGCACCCGCGCACGUUUCUACCUGGUCAACAAGGGUUACGAUAACCUGGACGUCAAAUACCGGCUGCCGAUCGAUUCCGAUAAGGCGCCCCUCCAGUUGGAGUUCCCCGGAGGAACGCUUAUAGGGUUCGCUAAGGAGCGCCUGCCCGUCGACGUCAGCUUUGCGUCAGACCAGCCGCUCUCUUUCACGGCGAAUCUGGACUUCUUCGACGACGACGGCCGAAAAUUUUCCGUUCCGGUGACCGGAACGGCGGACAACUGCCUUCUCACGAACCACCCGUUCCUCACCUUCAACAAGGAGGCGCUGCAAAUCUCGGUGGAAGACGGAAAAGCCCCGACUCUAGUUCCCGACGCCGGGUACAAGAUCCAGCCCCCGGAGCUGUCCGACGCCAGCGUGACGUCACAGAGCGGCGCACUCGCGCGCUGGCUUGACGUCACGCUCUCGCGCGCGCCGAUUAAAGACAUUGCCGGCGAGUUUUCGGCGUCGAAGGGGAAGCUGCUGGUCGAGCUGGUGGAGAAUCUGAGCGGGAAGGGGGUGCCCGGCAAGCUGGGAAAACUGCCCCCCAACAAGAAGGACCAGGCGGAGGCGGUCCGGGGCCAGUACGAAAAAGUGCUGACGUUUCUGAAGCAGCACGGCGCGCUUUUGAACGCGGUAAAACCGGAGCUGUUGCUGACGGAAGACGAUCUGGAGCGCGUGCUCGCGACCAGGGAGCAGGGUUUGGAGGGUUUGGGCGAGGAGGGCGACGGCGAGGGCGCGGCGGCGGCCGGCGCGCGGGAAGCCGCGGCCGCCUGGCGCGCGGUGCUGGCCAACUUUGCGAACGUGUCCAGUGAGGCGUGGCACAUGACGCUGUUCCAGGUGUUGCGGAUCUUUGUACUCAACCGCGUCACUCCCAAGUCGUUGGCCACGCUUCCGGGGAUGGAGGGCCUCCUUCCGCCCGUUCCGUCCGCCGGCGCAAAGCGGAACGGAAAGCACGCCGCCACCGACCCGUCCCUUGUGGGCAGCAACUUCCUCAGCGUUCCGGAGUCCGUUCUGCUCAAAUGGAUGACCGCCCACUUCCGGAAGGUCCUCCCGGGGCAAGCCUACCGGGUGACCAACUUCGACGCCGACCUGCGCGACGGCACCGUUUUCUACGCGCUUCUAGUUUCCCACUGGCCGGGCCUCAACAGCUUCUCCCAGGCGCUGACACGUGGCGCCAAGAGCGAGUCCAAAGUGCGCGCGAACGCGAAGGUCCUCAUCGAAAUGAUGGGCGUGCUCCGGUUACCUUAUACGAUCACGGAGGACGAGCUGGCGUUCCCGCAGGCCCGAGAACUUCUAGUGUUCUCGGUUUAUCUCUACCAGGCGCUGCCGCAGCUGGCGCCCCGGUCCACGGUGGAGUUCGCGGGGCGGUUAGGGGAGCGGUUAGCGAAGGUGGUCGAGCUAACCAACCCGACGUCGAAGCCGAUCUCCUACCACGUGCAACUAGAGGGGAGCAAAGAGUUCGAAGUCGGGAAGGAUUCAAUCCGCAUCGAACCCCGGGGAACCGAGAAGGUUAUGAUAACCUGCACGCCGUCGAUUUCUAAACCCGUGGAGGGACGCCUGAUGCUCGCGAGCAAGCGGGAGGGCGCGGCCGUGGCCGCGACCAUGGUCUUUGCGCUGCGCGCGCGCGCGCUGUCCGAGCUUCCGGUUGCCACGUGGCAGACGGAAGCGCGUCUCUUUGAGUACACAACGGUCGAACUAGAGGUUGGGAACCCGUUCCCUGGGGACUGUGAGUUUGCGGUCACGCUACUCCAGGCGUGCGUCAAGAAACCCGCGGCCGAGCCGGAGGUUAAGAAGGCGGUUAAGCGGGCGCCCAUCUCGGAGGAGCCCAGUUCCGCUUCCGUUGGCAGCGCCGACGGAAAGGCCGUUCCGCCGGACGCGUUUGGCUGCGACAAGUCCGUCCUGCGGUUGAGAAUGAAAGAGAAAGGUCGCCUGGUGGUGCACUUUUUACCGUUCCAACAGGGGCAGUUUAGCUGCACGGUACGCCUAGAGGAUAAGAUCUUCGGCGAAAUCGUGCACCUCGUCGAGGCGAAAGCGAAGCCCCCCGCGCCGACGCAGCUGCCCAAGUUCGUGACGGAGUUUGGCAAAAACCCGGUGGUUAAGGAGGUGGUCAUCCCGGUGACCAAUCCCCAGUUCGAGAACGCUAAGCGCAUCUUCCUAGAGAAGCACCCCGGGGCAAAGAACAAAAAGCAGACGGAGCUUCUGAAAGCGCUCGGGGAAAUCGUCCAGGGCGCGAGCACGCGCGCGGUGAGAUUCGCCGUGCACUCCAGCAGCCAGUACGUCCACGUGCCGCAUGACGUCACCCUCGGUUCCCCAAACCCCAAACCGCCGCCCAAGGAACCCGCGGUUAACGGCAAACCUCCCGCUGACCCGAAAAUUGCCGCCCCUGCCAACGUCCUGCUCGCGACGUUUAGCCCGAAGCAACCGGGGACCUACCCCGCCCGCGUCACGCUGACGUCACCGGCCGACGUGCGCGUCUUCGACCUGGAGUUCUGCGCGGCCGCGCCAGACGCGCGCGCUGCGCUCGCGUUCUCGUGCCCCGCGCGCGCGAGCAUCCUGCAGGAGCUGCCCAUAUCCAACGGCUCGGAUAAGCCGCUGAUUGUCAAGGCCAACUUUUCGGGGGGGACGGCUUUCACGGGGCCGAGAGAGGUGUCGGUGCCCCCCGGAGGGAUGACGCAGUACGCGCUGACGUUCCGGCCGCCGUGGAUCGGGGAGUACACCUCUGAGCUGCAAUUAUCGGGCGCCGGCGUUUAUACGCUGACGGGGACUGGCGAGGAGCCCUUAUCUGAGGGCCACGUGGUGUUGGAAUGCCCUACGCGCGUGCGCGCGCUGCGACGCAUCAAGGUGCCCAACGUCAUCGGGGACCAGGAAGUGCCGUACAGCUUCAAGUCGGACCUGCCGGACGUGACCGGCCCGGACGUCUUCAAGGUGCGUCCGAACAGCGUCGUCGAAUGCGAGCUCGCAGUCCAACCGCGCCAAGUCGGAACCGUUACCGGGAGCCUCCAGUUCACCGCUCCAACCGGGCAGUACUGCUGGUUCACAGUGGAAAUCACGGCCGGGCCGCCGCCUUGCGAGGGAACGGUAACGGUCAAAUCUGUCGUCCGAAACCCGGUCGAGGUCCUCGUAACCCGCCUCGAAAACCCUCGCGACGAGCCCGCGACGUUCGCGGUCAACCUGCAGGGUUUGGGGGUUUCAGGCGACGCCGCGGUAACCGUUCCCGCGGGCGGCAGCGCGGAUUACAAGCUCGUCUACCGGCCGCUUUUCCCCGCCCGGGGGACGGGCUCCGUGCACUUCGACAGCGAAACCCUGGGUUUGCUUUGGUUUAAAUUGGAGUUAGAGGCGGAACCCGCACCGGACGAGACCCUCCCCGAGCUCUUGUGCGAAGUGGGCACAACGGUCACGCACCAAGUUAGCGUCGCUAACCCGCUCUCCAAACCCGCUGUCGUCCGGGCGACCAGCAGUAACCCGCGCAACUUCGUCGCUAACCCGGCUACCCUAACCCUGCCCCCUGACGGCCGGGCUGACGUCACGAUUGAGUACACGCCCUCGGUUCUCGGCGAGGUCCAAACCGGGGUUAUUGAACUGGGUUCCGCGGAAGCCGGAACCUGGGUGUUCCGCUGUUCCGGCCGCGGAUCUCCGCCCACGUCCAUGCCGGAAACGACAGUCACUGCUUCGCUCAAGCAGGCGGCUUCUGCCCUGGUUUCCUUCCGGAAUCCAUUCUCGGUUCCGGUCACGGUUAGGGUUAGCAUCGACCCGGGUUACGGCGACCCGGGCCCUUUCAGCGUCCUCCUGCGCCGGACGCAUGGCCUUUCGGUCGCCCCGUUCAGCGUCCUCCAAAUCCCGGUCGCUUUUCAACCAUCAUUCAUUGCGCAGUUACGCGCUAACCUGAGGGUGGAGCUCGAACCCGAGCCCGAUUACGAAAACCCCAGCGCUAACCGGGAAACGCUAACCUGGGUCUUUCCGAUCGUGGGCGUGGCGGAGUAUGCGGAAGCGGGCCGCGUUUUCCGGUGCGCGUGCAAGGCGCGCGGCUCGAGCGAAGGGGUUUUGGAAGCGAGGCUGGUUGGUAUGGGGUUAGUGACAAACCCGGAGCGGUUUACGUAUGAGGUUGCGACGGAGGAAGGCGACGCGGCGGUUGUCGCACAGUCGCUUCGAGUCGAAGCUCUUGACGAGGUCAUCUUCGGUCCCGACCAGCCGCUCCGGUUCCGGGUGACCUUCGCUCCGCUGCGGAUUCUGUCAACGGCAGCGGAUCUCGUCAUCACCAAAGAGACCGGCGGCAGGUGGCGCUUUGAGAUGGCUCUCGAGGCGUCUGAGCCCGAACCGGACGGUACCAUCCACGUGGAAGCCCCGGUCGGCAAGACGGGCGUGAGCACAUUCACACUGCCCGCUCUUCCUGACCGGGAGAUCUCCUACCGGGCACUUUUCGGCCCCGGUAGCCCGCUAGAAUUCGACGUCGAACCAACCCGGGGAGUGCUUAAACCGGGCGGACGAGGGCAGGAGCUGCGCGUGGCGUUCACGCCUCGGGAAUACGCCGGGAAGCCCCUGAUCGGCAAAUUGUAUAUCCUCACGGACGAGCGGGACUGGAUCUACGAGGUCAAGGGAAGUCGGCCGGAGUAUAAGCCACCGGUCGCGCCGCCCCGCAUCAACUCCAAGCUGAGUCCGGAAUUGGCGACCAAACUAGAGCAGGCGCAGCACCCCCCGAAGCGGAACUACGUGAGAGAGAACCUGAAGGCGGGGACCCAGAAGCAGUCUGCGACAAAGAAGGUAUAG